UUGACAUUGUCACUAUUUGACGUAAAAUCAACGCAUGAUGAUUGAUGUUGUUGGGCGCCAAUUUAGAUUUGAGGUUAUAAGAUAGAAGUUUAGCAAUAAAAUAUUAUUAUAUUAUUCUUUUGCAAAGAGCAUGAGCUGACGAAAUGACUUCUAUCGCAGUGAACAAUAACAUCAUAGCGGUAACAAGAGGUUUACACAUUUACUGCUAUGACUAUUCUAACCACAAAGUGAUUGAUGUGGAAUCUCAAGACGCCAACGAUAGUAUUUCUGAUAUUGUUAUUGCCUCCAAUUGUGAAUACAUAGCAAUAUUAACUUCGACAUCGAAGCAACUUAUUAUUUACAAUUGGCCAACGUUCAAGACAAAAAGAAGAUAUGUACUACCUAGAAGUGCAAGUAAAAUAAGAUUUUCUCCUCAAAGCGACUAUAUAUUCGUAGCUGAUAAAACUGGUGAUGUUUUAAUGUACGAUAUAUCAAAAGACGACGAUGGGAUUAAACUUUUGGGUCAUUUAAGUUUAUUACUUAAUGUCUUACAAUCAAGUGAUGCCAAAUUUAUUAUAUCAUCGGACAGAGAUGAAAAGAUAAAAGUAUCUCGUUAUCCUAAUACUUAUAAUAUUCAUACAUAUUGUCUGGGCCAUACAGAAUUUGUGAACCAUUUGGAAUUUCUACCGAAUAACAAUAAAUAUCUGACAAGUACAUCUGGCGAUGGUACUGUGAAAUGUUGGGAUUAUUUAACUGGUAAAAUGAUUUAUAGCAUUGAUACAUUCCUUGAUAUAAAUGAUGAAAACUUAAAAGGUGACUUUGCAAAAGUUAUGAUUGAAGAAGGCAUAGAAGUGAAUAGUUUACCAAUUGUCCAUUAUGCUAUUACUAAAAUAAGUGAAACAUGUAGCAUUUUAGCUAUAGCUGUUUAUAAUUUUAAUAAAAUACUGGUCUAUUGUCUUAAUAAUGAUAAUGACAAUUUUAAACACAAAUUAUUAGAAAAAAUAGAUGUUGAAGUAUUUCCUUCCUCCCUGGCAUUUUAUAAAUCAUCAUUAUUUUUGUAUUUUGAUCAUAAAAGUAUUGUUCUUAUUUAUACUAUCAAAUGUGAAAAUACAAAUAUAGGAAUAGAACUAGAAAAAACUGUUCAAAUGUUUGCAAAUGAUUCAAGUAAUGAAUUAAAUUUAGAAAACAAGCACUCUAUUAAAUUAUUAUACAAAAGGAAGUUUGACAAUGUUCAGGAGUAUCAAGAAAGAAAAAAACAAAGGUUGGGAAAAGCCUGAAAUGUUAAACUGAUCAUUUCAAUACAUCUAUACCAAAGUUAUAAAGAGGAAAUAUUUGUAUUUUUGUAUAUAUUGCAAUAACUACUGGGGAGAUUUAA